CGCACGAGAAUCUGUAUUGUACACUAAUCUAGCAAAUUAAGCCGUUCGCACUGAUAACAUGUCCACAAAAAGAAGCAUACAACUGGUUUAAAUAGGAACGCCGCACCGACGGAAGCCAUCAGUUUCGAGUUGUCCACCUUGAGAUUCUGUUGAAUAAAACCAAAACCACCUCAGCAAAAUGGCCCUGAAGUCCGAUGCAGUUUUCGCCAAGAUUGCCAAGCGCUUGGAAACCAUCGACCCCGCCAACCGCCAGGUCGAGCACGUGUACAAGUUCAAAAUCACCCAGGGCGGUAAGGUGGUCAAGACCUGGGUCAUGGAUCUGAAGAACGUGAAGCUGGUCGAGUCCGACGAUGCCGCCGAGGCUAUCCUGACGAUGGAGGAUGACAUCAUGUUCGCCAUCGGAACCGGCGCCAUGCCGGCCAAGGAAGCCAUGGCCCAGGACAAGAUGGAAGUCGAUGGACAGGUCGAGCUGAUCUUCCUGCUGGAACCCUUCAUUGCCUCGCUGAAGUAAAAUGCUCGUGCGAUCAUGGGUCCCCACUCUUACUCGUGUUUGCCUCGUUUAAUUUGAGCGAAAGUCAUGUCAUCCAAACUACUGUGUUGUAACUUAUUUUUUAUCGCGAUUUCGGCAUCAUUAAAGCAUAUUUUUUAAUAUAA